AUGAACAGAGAUCUGGUCGAGUUCUACGUCCGCUACAAGCUCUGUCAGCGGGGUUGGGCCGAGGGGGAGGGGCUGGUAGCUGGCCCCGCCCCCGUCCCCCCCUCUGUCCCUGGCCCCGCCCCCUCCGUCGGCCCUGGCCCCGCCCCCUCCUCCCGGGUGAAGGAGGCUCUCCGGGACUCUGCGGUGGAGUUCGAGCUGCGUUUCUCUCGUGCGUUCAGCGACCUCCACCGGCAGUUGCACCUCACGCCGUCCACCGCGUACACCAGCUUCGCCAGCGUCAUGGACGAAGUGUUCCGCGACGGCGUGAACUGGGGCCGCGUGGUCGGACUGUUCGCCUUCGGGGGCGCGCUCUGUGUGGAGUGUGUGGACAAAGACAUGAGCCACAUGGUGCAUCGCAUCGUGGGCUGGAUGACAGUCUACCUGGACGAGCACAUACAGGACUGGAUCAACCAGCAGGGGGGAUGGGAUGUCUUUGCAGACCUGUACGGUCGUGAUGCAGCGGCGAUGUCUUGUCGUUCUGAGGAGAGUUUCAGGCAGUGGCUUUUCGCUGGAGUCACUCUGGUCGCAGGGGUUGUGGUGGGGUCACUGCUCGUGCUCGUCCACCGCCGCCUCUGA